UUAUAUAAUAUCUCCUUUUUAACAAAUUAUAGUUAGAUCUAUUUCAAAAUAAGUUGAGGGAAAAGAAUAAUAAAACAUGGCCAAGAUCUCCUUUGUGCUUCUCCUUCUCGCUCUUAUUGUCUUUCUACAUGUCUCUGAGGCUCAACAUUCGACAGAUAAAGACGAAAAAGUAACUGAAAACGACAUAGGCAAAGAAACAGAUAAAGAUGAAAAAAUACUUGAAAACGACCAAGACAAAGAAAGAGAUAAAGGCGAAAAAGUAGUUGAAAACGACAAAGACAAAGACAAAGAAAGAGAUAAAGAGGAAAAAGUACUUGAAGAGGACCUUGAUGAAGCCAAAAGCCUGAUCGCAGAGGAUUUGAAAGAAAAGAAAGCCAACCUUAAGAACUUGGAAACCGAGGUGAAUGUGUUAACCAAAUCUGAGACGGCGUUGGAUGAGCUCGGAGAAGCUCACAAAAAGGGUGAGAGUCUAAAACCUUAUGAGAAAAAGCUUAAGAAAUUCAACAGAAAGCUUAAGCGGACACCAAAGAAAAAGAGAUAUGGCAUAAUUCAGAGCAUUUUGAAGGAUUUGGGAUUAAACAGAGGGAGAUACUGAAACAUGAACUAGGGUUUCAUGAACGUUAUAAGGAGGUUUCAUAUUGGGCCCAUGAAGUUUGGCUUUGCAAAUGAGAGGAGCUAAUAAUUUACCCAUUGUAUGUAUAUAUUUUAAUUGCACAUAAAUUUAAUAUUAAAUCUAAUAGAACUGUAAUAUAUAAACUACGGAAAACUGAAUAUUGUAAAAAAAUAAAAAUUAUAAAAUUAUAUCAAACACAGAAACCGGAGAUAUUCAGAGCAGAAUAAUUAUGUGAUUUCAGAUUAGCAUGUAUAUAUAUUCUUCUUUUCUUCCUCACACAUAGUUGAUGAAACAUGUAUACAAUGCAAUGGAAAGUUAUUAUUUUAUUUU